GAAGAGACUGGAAGGAAGGGGAAGGGGAAGUGUGGCUGCACGCCCGCCCGGGUGUCCCCGCGGCUCUCCGCUGAGGGCGAGGAGGAGGCGUGCGCCGCCGGGGCUCUUCUCUCACGGCUGUGCCCAGCCCCGGGGUGUGCUGCGGGCACGUCCCAGCCGCCGGCCGAGGUGGCUUUGCCCCGCGGCGAGCUGCCGACCCCUGUCCGGGCGCGGGGGGGACGGACUCGGUGUCCGGGGGGCCGCUGAGGGGGCGCCGGCCUCCGCGUCCCCGAGGUGUUAACGGGCCGUUGGGGGCGCGGCGGCCUGAGGGCUUUCCGCAAGCCGGCAGUGAGGCUGUGGGGAUCGCGGGACAGCGGCUUCGAGCCCUGCACUUCGGACCAGGAGGCGCUCGGGUUGGCCUGCCCAUCGCUGAUAACCGAGCACAGGGCGGGUGGGUUUGAAGGCGGGAGGUCGGCAGCGAUUGGGAGCCGCUGGGCGGGCGGGAUGUGUAGCGCUUCUGGGUUAGGCCCCUUUGUUUAUCCGCAGGUUCCUCUGUAUCUGUCCUGUUGUGGGGCUUGUUUCUGGCUUGUCGGCGUGACGUCUUUGUGAUUUCUGGGUUUUUUAACCAGUCUUUCGUCUAUUGAAAGACUGCUUAAAGAGAAAAAGGAAAAAAUAAAGCAUGACCUGACGUUAAUUGGGAGAAAGAUUCUCAAGAAAGAGUAACGGGGCAGGGAAGUUAAGGACUUGGCCUUCUAAAAUAAGUAUACCUUCUUGGCUUUUUCAGCUUGGCUGCUUGGUGGGAGCUGAAUGUUUAUAUUCAUGAAUAGAAGCAGUACUCUGGGCCUUUAAUAAAGUCUUUAUAUACUUUUCAGUGGUGUUUUUCUUGUAAGCAGAACAGCAUGCACUGGAUAAAAAGGAACAGCUGACCUUUUGUGCAUUGGAAUUUGGAUGAAUUUUGUGUCUGUUUCUAUGAAAUAAGUGAACACACCAAAAAUGUAUAAUUAAUAUGCAGCAUGAGGGUUCUGAAAGCAAAGAAAAACCCUUUUUCUAGAGCAGGGGCCUAAGUAUAAUUUAUCUGUAGGUUUCCAUGUAUUUUUCUCUGGAAAAUGCUGUAUUAAAAUGUAGGGGGGUUUUAGUGGGUCACUUCUUAACAUGCCUUUGUAUCUGUUACAAUUUCUGUUCACAAUUUAUAAUUAUGUAAAGCUUACAGCAUUAGUGGUAUAUUCGUUAAAUAUUCACAACACAGGUACUGUAUCUUGGGCUAUGCGGCAUCUUUAUCAGGUCACUGCUUCCAGCUGGCCUGUCUUACAAAGGGAUGGUGACGUGACACGUGUGGAAUCAAGCUGUGGAACAAACUCUGGUCUUGUUCCAAACCAAGCUCUACAGAUUCUUUUCUGAAGUUCAAACUCUCACUGCUAAAAUACACUCUUAAUUUCUACUGCAGAGUUGUAAAACUUCAGCCUCCAACAGCUGGAUUUGCCUUUUCUGACAGUGAAAGUAUCUAAUUGUCUUUCCAUGUAGACACUGAUGGGCAGCGACUGAGGCAUGUCUGACCCUUUUGUUACUAAGAUAAAAUACGGCUCAUCCUCCCAUUUUGUUUAUCCCAGUAAUAUUUCUGAGAAGUUCUGUACAACAUACUUCAUGUACUUGGAAUAUUUUUUUGUUUUUGUUUAGUGUUUCCUGUACUCUUUCCAGUAGUGGUUUAAGCUUGAAUGUGAUUAAUUGAAAUAUCCUGAAAUGCCUUGGAGUCUUUAUUCAAUCAAUGAACUAGAAUAUUCACAGGAUGAGACAACUCUUUUACCUCAAUCAAUGUUGCAUUCGAAUAUAAUGGAUUUGCCUAGAAACUUAUUUUGGCAUACUCUUGGUGCAAUAGAGAGAGUUCAUCAGGCCAGCCUUCGAACUCGCAGCAAAAUCAACAUCUUUGUGUUUCUCUCUUAUUUGGCUUUUCCUUUGGAGAGGAUUUAAAAAAAAAAAAGCAAACCCAAACAAAAAACCAAAACAACAACCAACCAAAUAUACAAGGCUGCUUUGUUAAGCAUCAAAGCAUUAAUUAAUAUUUCUUUUCACUAUUACUGGUAAGCAGUGUACCGGUAGAAAUGCAAAUCCAGUUUCAGUAUAUUUUUGACAGCAUAGAUUUACUUGUGUGUACUCACGCUGAACUGUUUUCCCAACCCCAUAGAGGGUCCACUCCGCUGUCCCUGUCUCCACCACCCAGUUCUCUUCAAGCACCGGGAAAAUGCCAAGCUGUCCUCCUGCUCCAAAAAGCAGAGGAGGGACCCUGCUGAGGCUACCAAACACUUCCCAUCUGACACUUCAACAGCACGUGUGGUCAAUGGGUAUCUCCAGGGUGGGCAAGGAAAAAGACUAUGUAGUGGCUCCCUGUUUGCUUCAAUGUCAGUUUGCUGCUAAUGGGUGUAAGUAAAUUAGAUGUCUUGUACAGAAAGCUUCUCCUCACCAAACUUUUCAUCAGAGGAUGGGGAAAGCCAGAGGAUCUGAAAAGAAUAUUUGAAUUCAGAAAGAUUAUUGGAAACAGGGAAAAAUGCCAGACGCUGGUUUCAAAAGAUUACCCAGUGUUCAUUGACAAGGUUGAGGAGCAGUCUGACUGUAAAAUCCUUGAGGGGCACUUCAUUUCCCCAUUGGCUCAUUAUGUCCCAGGUAUCCUGCCAGUCGAAUCUCUUGUAGCAAGGUUUCAGUUCAUCAUACCCAGAAGAUGGAACAGCAAGCACAGACCUGCGUGCAUUCAUUUAGCAGGCACUGGAGAUCAUCACUUCUGGAGGAGACGCACAUUAAUGGCACGCCCAAUGAUUAAAGAAGCCUGUAUGGCUUCUCUAUUGCUAGAAAACCCUUAUUAUGGCUGUAGAAAACCUAAGGAUCAAAUACGGUCAUGUUUGAAAAAUGUCUCGGACCUGUUUGUGAUGGGAGGAGCUCUUGUUCUAGAAUCGGCUGCUCUUUUGCACUGGCUAGAGAGAGAAGGCUAUGGACCACUAGGGAUGACUGGAAUAUCCAUGGGAGGACAUAUGGCUUCACUGGCAGUGACAAACUGGCCUAAACCAUUGCCAUUGAUUCCGUGUCUUUCCUGGUCAACAGCUUCUGCAGUCUUUACCACGGGUGUGCUGAGCAAGGCGGUGAACUGGAGAGAGCUAGAGAAACAGUAUUUUACACAAACCGUUUAUGAAGAAGAAAUCAUUCAAAUGCUUGAAUACUGUGGAACAGAUUCCUUCAAGAUGGGACAAGACUUUGUUAAAAACUUCCCUGACAGUGUGGACGGUCUGGAGGAUGUGGUCAUGACUUCAAGAAUGUUCAACCUUGAUUCCUCAAGCAAAACUGUAUCUAAAGAAGCUGUUCACAGCUUUACCACAAGUAAAAGUACUCUAAGUGCCUCAUCAGAAAGACUCUUAGCACAAGAUGCUUCUAAAAUGCAGUGCAUAAAUCAAACAUUUUCGACCAGUAGCAAUAGCAGUAAAAACUUUACCAGCUCACAGGAACACAGGAUAAAUAAAAGGAGAAAGAACGACACUUUACAGAGAGAAUCCUUAAGGUUCAUGAAAGGAGUAAUGGAUGAAUGUACCCAUGUAGCUAACUUCUCAGUUCCCGUUGACCCAAGUUUAAUCAUAGUUGUACAAGCAAAGGAGGACGCAUAUAUUCCUCGAACUGGGGUGCGCAGUCUUCAAGAAAUUUGGCCCGGGUGUGAAAUUAGGUAUCUGGAUGGAGGUCAUGUCAGUGCCUACCUCUUCAAGCAAGGACUCUUCAGACAAGCAAUUUAUGAUGCAUUUGACCGCUUUCUUCAGAAAUAUGCAGUUUAAAAAUCUUCAUCAUGUAUUCAACCCGAUCUCAUCUUCCACUUACUGGAACUCAUAUUUGGAAAAGAGGCCUCUUGCGACGUUGAGUAGAUGGUCACUGAUUUUGACUGCUUUAGGUAACAACUAUCAAAAAUGGUAAAGUACUGGCACUACUUUCAUUUCAACCAAAUGCCAUUCUGACACGCUUGCUUCAGCUUUACCUGUGAAAAACAAAUGGCAGUAUUUGUUAGUGCAUGAAUGAUUCAUGUACUUCAUGUUUAAUCGCGUUGUGUGUUCCUUUAAUUCUGAAUAAAUUCUGGAUUGUGUAUCAGUUGAAAACAGACCACUCUAAGUGUUGGAAGAAUGUACAAUUUGCUGUUGCGCCAGGGUGCUUUCUUGCGCUCAGUGUAUUUCUGGUUUGUUCCAGUACCUCUUGCUUCCUCGUCCCCUUGCUAUCCCUAUUGUGUUGUAGAAUGGCUUUGCCAGCACUCGGCCUCUUGUGUUUGUCACUGAUUUUCUCUGUUACGAGUUGAAAAUGAGCUGUAAUAGAAAGGGUAGCAAAAAGAGACUUUCAAAAUUCAAUGAAAAAUGAGAGAUAUUUUCAUUCAUGGGUCUAUGAGAUUUUUCUGCCCCUGAAUUUAAACGGUGCCAUUCUGGAAGAAUCAUGUAGCAAUUUGCUGAUCAGUUACACAAGACCGGAAUAAGUGAAAAUGGAGUGUCUAGUAAUUAAUUGCUUACAUGCAUUCGGUUGGGUAACAUGAACUUGUUCUUCUAGGGUUUUUUUAGAACACUACAGGAAAUUAAAAUCUAAUAUUUUUUAUUUAGAAGCAGUGGCAUAAAAAGUCUGAUUCUAAGCAGUAAAAUCAGCAGCAGAUUAUAUGGUGCUAUAAAGACCUGUUGGAAAUAUUUCAACAGAGGUCCUUUUUAAAGUGUACUCAGUGCUGAUUUGCAAAAUACAGUUUCACAAGAACAUUAAACACGCAUGUGUUAUCAAAACAGUUAGGUUUGCUCCUUGGUUUUCAACACUGGUUUGUUUGGGUUUUUUUAAUUGGAUGGAAAAUUAAAAAAAAAAAAAAAUUGUAAAUAUAUUUAAGAGAAUCCAAAGUCUGUUGUUUCCUCUUUUGGGGAACAAAAGUGCCAACAAAUUACAGUAGACGGAAAGGUUGUCAUGCAUCAGCUGUCACAUCUUAUUUCGUGGUAAUCUCCUGUAACAUUCUUUUAAAGCUAGUUUGCAGAGAAGUUGCAAACUGAAACGUUUCAAUAUGAAUUUUAAUAUGGUAAUGACCAGAGUUGCACAGAAACAAACAGAAAAAUCCAGCCAUUUCUUGGGGUAUGCGACUCCUACGCCUUUCAAAUCAAAGCACUUCAUUGAUCUCUGUUAUUAGUGUAAGGGGUUUUAAUAGGCAGAGUAUGAAGCAAACAAAACUCAGUUUGCAGAAAUAUAUUCUCUUGAAUUUUAGUCUGGCAGACAGGGCUAGUAACUGGGAAGAAAGAAAUCGUGGUUCACUUGAAGAUCAGAUACGUUCAGGUGAAACCGAAGUGCAACAAUUUGUAAUAACCCAAAUUAUUUAACACACAAAUUUACUGAAAAUGCAGAAGUUGUUACAUUCUUUUGGAAGUUAGGUUGCUUCUUUCCAGUGUGUUUUCAUCAUUUCAUAAUUUCUUUACACAUUGUUGGGUUUUAUAUAUAUUAGGAGCAAGUGUGAAGUGACUAGCACAUUUAAAUAUGGUAAAACACAAUGUUGGAAGGUUAGAAAUCAAAUCUAAGUAAGCUUACAGAUUUAAAAUUGAAGACUUCAGCACUAUACUAAAAGAUUUAUGGGAUUUACGUUUUACAAGCUCAUUCAUCUAGUAAGGGUGUUUUACAAGACCGUUGUCUGCUGUUCACCAGCUUGUUUAGAUCUCACAUUAUAAAUGUAUCUGUGUGCUUUAUGUCCUGUUUCUGUUGCAGCUAUGAGAAAGGGAGAUAACUGGUGGCAGGGGAAAGGGCAUGGAUAGAUGAAAAAGACAGAUUUUGUAAGGAGAGGAGUAAGCACAAAACCCAUCAACUUCUCUAUGCUACAAAAGUACAACAUGCAAAGUAAAUAUGUUCAAAGCUCACAAUACUAGGAAUUACACAACUGAUGGGAACUUGACAUCCGGAGGUUAGUGUUGUGAUGAUAUUACUAACAAGGUUUAACUUGCCAAAAGGGCAUGCAAUUCACAGAACCAGAUUUAUGCUAAGGUAACUCCUGCUUGUGAGAGUGUCUUUUGGGAUAAGUAGUGAGAGACUGGUCUCUGAGAAGAAUGAGAAAUCACACUUCGCUAUGUGACUGAAGUAAUGUUGCCAAAUAUGAAAGCCCA